AUGAUUUUGAUUGGUUGAAUCGAUUUUUGAAAAAAUACAGGCGGUAACAGCAAAAUGGACAUUUGUGUGUGUGUGUGUAUGAAGAAGCAAACAUAAACAGAGAAAGAGAAUGCAACAAGUAAUCAACACACACACAUUACCGUAAAAUAAAUGGUCACGCCACCCGAAUAAAUCUAAUAAUAUAAAUUCGGUGAAAAGAAAAAUCAAAAGCAAAACAAAAAAAAAAGUAAACGGUGAAUCCAUGCAUUUUUUUGGUUGUUGUGAAGCAAAAAAAUCACAUUCAUUCAUAUGUAUGAUGACCAUUGACCGAUCAAUAGAUCUUAACACCAACAAUCACGAUUACCGAAAGCAAAGCGAAAUCAAAUUCCGUUGUCUUUGUGUUAGCGCGCCUGUUUGUCUGCAACGAAUGUUUUUCAUUUUAAUUAUAAAAAAUUGAUUCCACAUGCGUGUAUGUAUGUGUGUGUGUGUGUGUUUGUUGGUGAAUUGUUUUUUUCCAUAUUCUGUAAAUAAAUAACCAAUCGUGAUUUGAAUAAGAAAAAAAGAUAACAUAAUAAUCAUGAUGACCAUCAUCAAAUCGAUUAACAGGCAUCGAAGAAUCAUUGAUUAUAGAUUCUUGUAUGAUUUCGGUUUUGUUGUGAUAAUCGUUUUAUCCAUUGCCAUUAUUUCUGUUUAUUCCAAUGAUGAAAAUGAAUCAUCACUAUCCACAUCGACAACAGCGGUAUCGACGACAAUCAAAUUGAAACCAAAAAAUUCUGAAUUAUUAUCAUAUAAAAUGUAUGAUAAUGGUGGAACAAUACCAAUAUUUGAACGUGCACCAAAUUCCAAUUAUCUUCAGCUAAGUCGUAUGCAACGACAUACAUCAGCAAAUCGUAAACGUAAACAACGUUUUAAUGAUGAUUUUGGUGAUGAUGAUGGUGGUGAUCAACAACCAAUACGACACCAAAGACGGAAUCAUCGCCGUCGUCAUCAUCAUAAACCAACAGCGAUUUUUGCAAACUUUUCUAGACAAGCAUUCGAAUCAUUACGUUCAUCGAUCAUAUAUUCAAAUUUAGGCCAAGCAUUACCAUCAAUGUUAGCCAAACAUAGCCGUGAUGGUUCAUGUAAAACGGUACCAUUUGAACAAAAAAUUCAACAUCCUGGAUGUAAAAGUCGUAUUGUGAAUAAUAAUUAUUGUUUUGGUAAUUGUAAUUCAUUCUACAUACCAUCCGAAUCGAAUCAAACAAUGCCAUUUCAAUCACGUUGUACAUGUUCACCACGUCGUUAUCGUUGGAAAAUUAUUCGUCUUCGUUGUCCAUUAUAUAAUGUUCAACGUCAACGUUUUACACGACCAUCAUCAUCAUCAUUGGAAAAUAUUCGAUCACAAUCACAAUCACAAUCAGCGGCAACAAUCGAUUCUAUCGAUUAUGAUAGUAGCGAUAUGAAUAAAAUAUCAUUAAUAGCAAUGAAUAUGGAUGAUGAUGAUCAUGAUAAUGGCAAUGAUCAACAACAACAACGACGACAAUCGAAUAUCGAUGAUAAUGGCCAUGGACAAUUUGAACAGCCAUUAUUAUUACAUACAUUUCAAUAUAAAAAAAUUCAAAUCAUAACAAAAUGUCGUUGUCAGACCUAAAAUUUCAAAUUCGAAAUUCUAUUCUUUUAUCCAUACCCAUUUUUGAU